GGGAAAUUCCUCCCAAGAAACCUUUUGCUAUUAUAUUAAGAUAGAUUUAUUGUAAAACUGAUAUCCUGUUUUUUAGCUGUUUGCCCCCCACGUUGAAGAAUCCCUUGCGACUAUGCCUCCAGUUAACCCAUUGCGCCUCAGCGCACUUUCUCGACUUAAUGAUGAAAGUUUUGUUUGGCCUUGGAAGGGAAUAGUCGCAAAUGUUCCAAUUCAGUACAAGGAUGGAAAGUUUAUUGGCGAGAGCGGGCAAAAGCUUAAAGAGGAGUGGGUUGCCAUUGCCAAAGGGUAUAACCCAGUGAAGGUUCAACCACUGUGGAGUAGUAAGGGGCAUUCUGGCUUCACUAUUGUGGAGUUUGCCCGGGACUUCUCUGGGUUUGAAAAUGCAAUGGCAUUUGGACGGGAGUUCGAGCUGGAUAAACAUGGAAAAUUGGAAUGGACUUACGGGAAGAGAGAUGACAAGCUCUUUGCGUGGAUUGCUGGCCGUGAUGACUACAAUGCCCCUGGCAUUAUUGGUCAUUAUCUCAAGAAAAAUGGAGAUUUGAAAUCUAUUUCUGAGAUCCAAAACGAGAAUCAGAGGAAGAGUUCAAACCUGUGUUCUGAUUUGACCACAAAGCUGGAGUCCAAGAGCAGGAAGUGGGAGGAGAUUGCAGAGAAGAUAAGUAAAACUGAAAGGAAGCUGAACAAAAGGAUGAAGAUGCUUGCAAAGUAUAACAAAGAGUUGGAGAAGAUGCAGCAAAAGGUAUUGUCAGAGCUACAUAAUAUUUUAAGGGAGAAUACGAGAAGUGAACAGAGAUUAAAUGACCAGCGUGAAAAGCUGAAACUGAAAGAAAAUGAACUGAAAUUUCGCGAAAAACUUAAUGAAAGUGAGAAGAGGAAGCUUGACAGAGAUAAAGAAAUGAAUGAGAGGGCAAUUCUUGCUCAAAAAAAGGCUGAUGAGACAAUGUUGAAAUUAGCUGAAGAGCAGAAGAGAGAAAAAGAGCUCUAUCACCAAAAGAUCAUUGAACUUGAAAAGGAACUUGAUGCAAAGCAAGCGCUGCAAUUAGCGAUUGAGUCCUUAAGAGGUGCCAUUGAAGUCAGGAGACAUAUGGGCGAGGAAGAAGAUCUGCUAGCUAAGCAAAAACUGACAUCAAUUGAAGAAGAGCUUAAAGAGAAGGAAGAAGAACUUGAGGAUAUGGAAAACAGGAACAACAAUCUCAUUAUAAAGCAACGACGCGACAAUGAUGAAGUGCAAGAUGCUCGUAAAGAGUUGAUCAAUGAAUUGAAAGGCAGCCGUGCCAACAUUUCUGUGAAGUUAAUGGGGGAUCUUGAUACUAAGCCAUUCAUUGCUGUUGCUAAGCGAAAGUAUUUCAAAAAAGGAGCACCAGAAAAAGCGGAGGAGCUUUGCACACUGUGGGACAGUAACUUAAGUGACCCACACUGGCAUCCUUUUAGGCAUGUCAUCAAGAAGGGUGAUGGAUCAGAUAAUAACGCUGCUGAGGUGGAGGAGGGGAUAGAUGAAGAAGAUGAGAGGCUGGUUGGUCUAAAGGAGGAGCAUGGUGAGGAAGCAUAUGAAGCAGUGAAGACUGCGCUGAAGGAGUUGAAUGAAUACAACCCUAGUGGGAGGUACCCAGUGGAAGAGCUUUGGAACGUCAAAGAGAAGAGAAGGGCUUCCCUAAAGGAAGGCGUGGAGCAUAUUAUUAAACAAUGGAGGACACUCAAGGGGAAGAGAGACCUGAGUGCAGUUUGAUGACAAGUGGGGGAUCCUACUUAGUACUAAGUACUAACUACUAGAGUAAUGUUUAUUAGUAGAGUUUACUUUGGCAGUUUGACCUGGGGACACAGUAAUGUUUACUGUGGCAGAAUUUGCUUAUAUAUACUCCCUCCGUCUCACUAAGAUUGUCCCAUUUUACCUUUUCAGGAAGUCCCACUAAGAAUGUCUCAUAUCAAAUUUGGUAAAAAUUGUGCGGCUCUAAAUCAUUCUUACUUUAUCAAUUUAAUAUCAAUUUAAUGCA